AUUUUGUCCUAUAUAUGCUCCAUCUCAAACAGGUAACUAAAAUCCACAUCUAUAAAGUGUGAUUUAGAGACAGAUUCACAUCACUUAUUUCCCUCUCCUCUUCUUCAUCAGAUUAACAAUCUAUUCAAAAGAUUUUAAUUCUUGUUUUUUUACGAGAAUCAGAAAAUGAAAUUCUGCAAAAAAUAUCAAGAAUUCAUGCAAAAUCAAGAAAAGGAAUUACCGGGGCUUGGUUUCAAGAAACUCAAAAAGAUUCUCAAGAAAUGUAGAAAAGACUUUGAAUCUCAUCAACAAUUCGUUAAUCAAAAUAACGAGCAGUCUUCUGAUUCUGCCGAUGAACAACACUGUCCUCAUCUCUGUUCAGUUUGCGAUGGAACUUUUUUCCCGUCCCUUCUAAAGGAAAUGUCUGAAAUUGUUGGCUGCUUUAAUGAAAGAGCUCAGAAACUGCUUGAACUCCACUUAGCUUCUGGUUUCAGAAAAUAUGUAAUAUGGUUCAAAGGAAAAUUGCAUGGAAAUCAUGUCGCUUUGAUUCAAGAAGGCAAAGAUUUGGUUACAUAUGCACUCAUUAAUUCAAUCGCGGUUCGAAAAAUACUCAAGAAAUACGAUAAGAUUCAUUACUCGAAGCAAGGACAAGCGUUCAGGUCUCAAGCGCAAAGUAUGCAUAUUGAGAUUCUUCAAUCUCCGUGGCUAUGUGAGCUUAUGGCUUUUCAUAUAAAUUUAAGGCAAACGAAGAUGAAUUCGAGGGCGAAAGGUCCCGCGUUGUUCGACGGAUGCUCGUUGACAUUUGAUGAUGAUGAUGAUCAGAAACCGUCGCUUUCUUGCAAGCUUUUUGAUUCUGUCAACGUUGAGAUAGAUUUGACAUGUUCAAUCUGCUUGGAUACGGUAUUUGAUCCAGUGUCUUUAACGUGUGGCCAUAUAUUCUGCUAUUUGUGUGCUUGCUCUGCUGCUUCAGUCACCAUUGUUGAUGGACUCAAAUCUGCAGAACCUAAACAGAAAUGCCCUUUGUGUCGGGAGACUGGAGUUUAUGAAGGCGCCGUACACUUGGAAGAGCUUAAUCUGUUGUUAAGUCGAAGCUGCCAUGAAUACUGGGAACAGCGACUGCAGUCGGAAAGAGUGGAGAGAGUUCGACAGGCAAAGGAGCACUGGGAAUUCCAGUGUCGGGCGUUCAUGGGUGUGUAGAUACUUCAUCUUCAUGCUAAAUUCAUAUUCCGUAGUAAUAAUCAGCUAGUAUUUUAUGUCAUUUAGGGCUCCAUAAAAAUAGGGUGAGAGCAGAUAAAGUGCUCACCGAUGUGCUGUUUGAUUUACCAAAAUUGUUGUAUAUAUGUAAAUGUUAGUGUUGUUUUCCUUUGAAAAUAUGGAAUUGUUGGUAUAGAUUGUCAGAAAAUAGAAUUGUUGGUCUUGAUUUUUCUUC